AUGCGGUGUCCAUCUCUCCGCGUUGCAGCAUUGGCGCUUUUGGCGACGGACUCGCUUGUCGCCGCUGAAGAGUCUGUGUUGAAGGGCUUUUCAGUGGCCGCCAUAAGAGGAGAUGGUUUCCUCGCUCUGCCUGUGGGCACGGUUCAGCGUCCGGCCGGUCAGAAGCGGGCGGACAAAGCUUUCGAGGACAGGCUCUACAACAUGGAAGUGUUCUAUGCCACAGAUGUCGACAUCGGUAACCCUCCACAAAAGGUGAUGGUUCUCGUCGAUACCGGGUCCAGCGAACUCUGGGUCAAUCCCGAUUGCAGAACGGCCAAGUCUCGACAGCAGGCACAGCAAUGUGUAAAGUUUGGUAAAUAUGAUCCGAGCAAGUCAUCACAGUCUUAUGGGCCUUUUGGAAAAGAGCAGCUCAGCUAUGGCGACCCGUCGGACAAGAGCACGCAGACGUCCGCCACCAUCUUCUACUAUGCCGACACAGUAUCGCUCGGAGGUGCCGGGAUUAGCAACCAGACGUUUGGUGUUGUCUCUCAAAGCAAAGGCCAGUCGCAAGGCAUCCUCGGUCUUGCCCCUGACCUGAAAGGUGGUUUCAAGGGCGACGUGCCCUACAGCCUUGUCCUUGGGUCCAUGGCCUCCCAAGGCAUCAUCGCCAGUCGGGUGUAUGCUCUUGACCUCCGCCAUUCCGACAGUCAGUACGGCGCCGUAAUCUACGGCGGUUUCGACAAGAGCAAAUACAUCGGCGCCCUGGAGAAACGGCCUCUGGUCAGGGGCAUCGGAGGAGAGUUUCGCCUGGCAGUUGAAUUGACGACGGUUGGCGUCACUACCGCGUCUUCUUCUAAUUUCAAGGUGGCAGGAUCGGAUGCGAACGUCAUGCUCGACUCUGGCACUACCAUUUCAAGGAUGCACUCGGCAGUGGCCAUGCCCAUCCUGCAGGCGUUGGGAGCGCAAAACGACGGGGAAGGCUACUACCAGGUGGCAUGCUCCUUGCGAAGUUCUGGGGGUAGCGUUGAUUUUGGCUUCGGGAAUAAGACGAUCCGGGUCCCGCUUAAGGACUUUAUCCUGAACCUUACCAGUUCAUCCAGCAGCUGCUAUGUCGGCAUGGUGAUUACCACGGAUCAGCAAAUCCUGGGAGACAGUGUGCUACGUGCCGGUUACUUCAUAUUCGACUGGGACAACCAGGAAGUGCAUAUCGCUCAAGCCGCCAACUGUGGUAACAACGACAUAGUGGCCGUUUCGUCCGGCAAAGGCGCGGUUCCGUCCGUCACUGGCAAUUGCAAAGAAAGUGACGCGGUUUUUACUGGGGGGACUCCUACCAAGGGCAGCGUCGCUACCAAGGCGUAUACGACGGUCUAUACGAUAACUUCGUGUCCUUCCUUUGAUUCAAACUGCCGCGUGGGCGUGGUGACGACGCAAUCGGUGGCCGCAGCCACGGUCACUGGCAAGACGGACGACAAUGCAGGAACGCGCGCUACCGCAACAAAUUGUCUCGUGGCAAUAUUUGGAGUUUUCGCCAUUAUCUCGAAUGCAUUGUAG